AUGUCUUCCGCACGCAGCGAUAGUGCCGAGAAUGAUGACCAUGAGCGUGAAUUGAGGGAAGAAUCGGAUGAUUCUGCCAAUGAACGUGCAUCCUCAGAUGCUGCCGAAGACCAAACUGCAGAGAAUAGCAAUAAUAAUGGGCAAAUGGAAGAUGACGACGAUGAGGAUAGAUCGGUCAAUCCAAGCAUUCUUGAUGACAUAAGUGAAUCAGACUUUGACGAAGUCCGUUAUGGUCGUAACUACGACAAGCUCAAAGAGUCAUACGAUCGUCAACAGAGACUCAUCGACAUGCUGAAGGGUGAUAUUUGUAAAAAGAAGCGAGAAAUCGAAAAGAAAGACCGAAAAAUCCAAAAAUUGGAGAAUCUUCUUGCCGGGAUUAGUGAGCCUCGUGUGCCAUGGAGCCAUCUACUAAGAGCAUACUUUGAGGGCGAAGUAUGUUAUAGCACGGUCUAUCGCGAAUGUUGCAAACAGGAAAAUAUGUCGCAGAAACUAAGCAUAUUCCAUCCUGACUUUUCACUUCAGCAGGAGGAGAUUUCAAGAGAGAGGCACGCGAUAGAAGAGAGACUGGUAUUAAAAGAAAGGCGCGCGCGGCUUCUGGCACUGGAACGAGCACAUGAUGAAAGCGAUAUGGCUGAACCGGAGACUCCUCCUAUAUCUUACUUCCCAUUUCAAGAGCUUCCCUUGGAGAUUCAGGUGAAGAUAUUCAGGCAACUGUUUGUCAAGGGUACUCUUAUCCACUGCCUCUCUCGGUUGGACCCUUCAAAUCCACCCGUUGGUUUCCCCGAUAAGGAUGUCAAAGGAGAAAGUCAACUACCAACUAGAUUCCAUUUUGGCAGUUCGCCGUGUCAAAUAAUUCUAGCUCGCAAACCAAAUGACGUGCUCAAACCUUUACUGGUCUGCAAGCGCUGGUACUUCAUCGGCGUCCAUGCCUUCUACGGAGCGAAUACCUUCGCGUUCAACUCGCUCGGCGAAUGGCAUCGAUUCUGCAAUGGAAUUGGCCCCGCGCGUGUCCAGCGGUUGGUGAACGUCGAGCUAAUGUGGCAUGGAGCCCUGAUGCCUAGACACGAGACUCGAGUCUCACAACGCACACUUGGUCUCAAGUGGUUUACCAAAACGAGACGCCUUCGCACACUAGUUGUUCACAUAGCAGAAUGUGAAAAAAGCCGGACAAGACGGAAAUAUGAAAUACAGAAGAAGAAUCGUCAACAAGUCGGCAACGAUGGAGGUCGGCUUAUCGAGGACCAGUCCGAUGGAUAUCAAUCGGAUGGAGACGAGUCUGACGACAACCAAUCUGAUGGUAGUCAAGAUUUGGACAAAGGAUUUGAUCCUUUCGAGACUAUGGUUCGCCGUACUCUUAGACACCCGAAUUACCGGAAGUUUCGAUCAAUGCGGACAGUUCAAGGCAUCGAUUAUCUCUAUCAACUACGAGCUAUGGAUUGGAUCCGCUUCAAAGAGAGUAAUGGUCUUGAUCACCGCCAAUCGAUUCGGGAUUGGUCGUUUCUAAAAGACCUAAGCACUGUCGUAACUUUGCCGAAGCAAGAUGAUCUUGCCCUCAAGAGCCACCUAGAGAAUCUAACACCGCUAACGUGUUUAGAAGAUUUUAUCCCGUCGGAAGAAGAUAUGCUUAUUGUUAAGACGUUUUACGACGAGACUCACAUCCUAGGUCCGGCAGGUGGUUCCGAAACGACUGGAUCAGCCAACGGCGCAUUUAGUGAUACUGCUUCAUGGGAUGGCACUAGUAUCAGCGACUCGGAUGAUAAUGAUGAUUCUCCAGACAGACAUGUCCCUAAUCUCCGAAACACCCCCAACGCGCCAGUUCCAGAAAUAAUAGGGUUAGAUUCUAAUCCUAACAGCGAUACCGAACCUGAUAGCGACGAUGACGAUGAUGACGUCGGUGGCUCUGGUGUACCGGACGUAUCGCAAAAUGCUACCACUAUCUCAUUAGUUGGGGCCUCUCAACAGCUUAAUAACCAGACACAAGGCGACGAAAAUGGGAACGAAGGAGAUAUAAUAUAUAAUGAUGAUGAUGACGGCAGUUCCAGCGGCCUAUUUGUUCGCUCCGGCUCAGGCUCGGGUAGUCCUCCGGCAGACCCAAUGGAGAUUGACGAUCCUACCGAGCAGGCAAAUUAUGAGGUGAUAGAUCUAGCUAGAGACCAGACUGAUGAUGAAGAUGAAGAGUCACUUUUUGUUCGUUCCGAGCCAGACACCAAUGCUAUGAAAUCAGAGCCCGACGAUGACAUGCUUGAUGACCCAUACGCUAGGGAAGAGACACCCCCAGAUAGCGAUGAUGAAUCUGAUAUCUACCCCUAUAAUGUUCCCAGCGGUGCCUCUAGCGCCAAUUCUUCAUCCAGACAAUCGAGCGAAGGUGAAGCUUACUCUCAUGACGAGGGACAAGCGGCAAAACGCCGUAGAUUAGAGUGA